AUGCCACGACACCAAGCUGUUUUUGACGACUACAGCUCUGCAGUUCCGCAGAUCAUCAUCGCGUCGACCGACUCCGAUUUCCUCGAUCAUCUGAUACCGGCUCUCAAAGAUGCAGCACACUCCCGACGGACGCAGGCCCUAUUACAAUGCCUCACGCGAUACGCCGAGGACCGCGAAGCUGAUAUUGAACGCAUAGGCUUGACCAAACACGAACAAUUCCUAGAUUCAGUCUCAAGGCUACAACAUGUUCGAGAAGACACUGUCAACCUCACUAAAGAGAUUUUGAAACUCAAUCAAUCCAUUCAGGCUAGCACUGAGAAACUAGCUGAGCAGAAAGGUGCUCUGGUCAAUACCAAAGCUAUUCGACAGAAUAUCGCCGAUGCCACUGAGGCCCUAAGGGAAUCCCUGAAGGUACUCCAUGCUGUCAAUCACGCUCAUGAUCUAAUUCGCCAAAAAAACUAUUAUUCUGCUCUAAAAUCUCUUGAUGAUUUGCAAAACGAGCAUUUAGUUCCUAUAUUACAAAAUCGAUACGCUACGCAACAUCGCUUAGCAGAUGUCAUUCAAAAAUCGAUACCUGGCUCGCGAAAGGCUAUUUCGGAAGCUGUCAUGACCGAUCUUAACACAUGGCUGUUUAGAGUUCGAGAGACGUCGCAAUUUCUUGGUGAAGUGGCGUUUUAUCACACCGAAAUGCGACGAUCCCGGCAGAGAAAGCGGGUUGAGGAAGACCAAUUCCUAGCGAAUUUCAAGCUCAAUUCGUCCAUCGAACUCGUAUGCGAUGAAAGCGAAGAGUUCGACGUACUGGACAAUGAAGAGUUGCAAAUUAAUUUCGAACCCCUUUUCGAGGCAUUGCACAUUCAUGAUGCACUUGGUCAAAGUGAUCGAUUUCGUGCAGAGUAUGCCGCUACUAGAAGGCAGCAAAAAGAUCUCCUUCUACCCAGCUCAGUUGAACUACUCACCGACGACGAGUCUUCACUGAGCAGCCUUUUAGAGGGCAUCGCAGGAUUCGCUAUCAUUGAAAAAGAAACCAUGCGUCGUGUACCCCAAUUGCGUUCCGCAGCUGACAUCGAAGAGCUUUGGGAGUCAAUGUGCAGUGCUGCCAUAAGCCUGACAUCUCGGGCGCUAAACGACGUGAAUAACGCUGAAGUUCUUCUUAAAAUAAAAGGGUUCAUCGCCCUUUUUGUUCAGACCAUGGAGGGCUGGGGUUAUUCGAUCUCGACUCUUGACAGCUUUUUACUCACACUGUUUGACAAAUAUGCUGAGCUUCUGAAGCAUCGAUUCAGUGUAGACUUUCAGGAGAUUGUAUCUACAGACGACUACAUGCCAAUGGCGAUUAAUUCUCGCGAGGAAUAUGAAAAGGUCAUUAAUGUCAGCUGGUUCAUGCAAAGUCAAGCUGUCGAGGAUGUGAUGUACAUAAACACUGCUCAUCGCGAAGGUUAUACAAUACCACACUUGGCUGAUGGAAUCGAACAGUCACUAGACGAGCUUCUCACUGAGAAAGUUUGUCUAUCAUUGGUUGAGAGACUCUCUUCCCAGUAUUUGGGACAAAUUGUACAGAUUCUCAUCAAUCUUGAGCACUUCGAAAUUGCGUGUCAAGAACUUGAACAGCUUCUUAUCCGUGCUCGAUCGUCAAGCUCGGCUGGCGGGCCCUUGAAACUGAACGCGACCGACGAGUUUCGCAAUAACAAAAAAACUGCUGAGAAAAGAAUUUUCGAGCUCGUCAAUAGCAAAAUUGACGACCUAGUUGACACAGCAGAAUAUGACUGGUUGGCGGCGGCUGUUGCACCGGAGCCAAGUAACUAUAUGCAAACGUUGACUCGUUACCUGUCCAAUAUUAUGAAUUCGACAUUAUUGGGGCUACCACGGGAGAUUAAGGAGCUCAUUUACUUCGAUGCCUUAUCUCACGCUGCUAAUAAGAUUCUGGCCCUGCCCCUGUCUCCUGAAGUCCAUAAUAUCAACAGCAACGGUGUUGCUGCGUUGGCACUGGAUGUUCAGUACCUGACUGAGUUCGUCAGUAGUCUAGAAAAUGGGCAGAUGUUACGCGAAAAUCUGGAUGAGCUUCAGCAGACCGUGAACUUGAUGGAAUCAGAUAACCAUGACGAAUUUUUUGAUAUCUCUACUCGAAACAAGAAAUACGGCCGCGUAGAUGCCCUAAAUGGUCCGAUGCUCUUGGAAAAAAUUAUUCCUGUAUCGCAAGGUGCUGGCAGAGCCGCACCCCUGUCAAAUUUGUCAUCACGGUUUGGCAUGAUGAAAUAA